CAAACAUUGUUCCAUCAGGGACUCCGUAGAACAGAUCUGCUAGUUUGUGGUGAGACAAUUAUCCAGCUAUUUCAUCACGCUGUAGUUAAAUUGCACGACUGUUACAAGAGUGUGGUAGUGUGAUGGUUUUGACUCAAAGAUGACCUGCAGCCUGAGCCUAUGACCGGGAAAGAAUCUCACAGUUAGUAGGUCCAUUUCGAGGGUGACCCAUGCUUUCUGAUGAGCUUGACUCCAAACCAGAGCUGCUGGUGCAGUUUGUGCAGAACGCAUCUAUUCCUUUGGUGCAGGGCCUGGAGGACUCUGAGUCCAAACACCCCUGCCUGCCUCUGCUGGCUCCGGCUGAGAGCACCCUGUGCAGCCCUCUGGAACUCACAGAUGGAGCCCUGAGCCAUGAGCAUGAGAGCUCUACCGCCCUGUCAGAGUUUGGAGGUGUAUCGGCGAGAACCCCCUUAGUGGUUCAGACGCAUUCUCACACACGGGCCUCACCCAGCCCCCCACCCAUCCUCCAUGACCUGCAGCAGUCAGAAAGCACUUCCUACGUCCUGCUAAACCUGGCAAAAGGCAUCACCGCCUCCUCUGAGUCCCUGAUCUUUGCUGCAGAUGGCACAGGAGAGGAUGACGACGAGGGCGUCUCAUCGGGAGACUACGGGAUAGACGGCAGCGCUCCCUGGUAUCUGCGGGUCCAGGAGCUGGCACAUGACAGCCUGAUUGCCGCCACGCGGGCACAGCUUGCAAGAGAUGCCAAGGCCAGCCAAGAUGCCAGAGCUGCUAGCGUCAGCAAUGGUGACCACACACAGAGUUUGACAGCAGACGGAGAUAAGCGAGAGCUGUUGUCUCGGAGCAGCCGCCCCCUCUCCAAGCAGAUCCUGCGCUGCUCGUUUGAGGGUUGCUGCAGGACGUUCACCUGGCCGGCUCAUCUCAAAUACCACCUCAAAACACACAGGAAUGACCGAAUGUUCAGGUGCAGCACAGAGGGCUGUGGGAAAAGUUUCUAUGUGCUGCAGAGGCUGCAGGUUCACAUGAGGACUCACAAUGGUGAGAAACCCUUCAUCUGCAAGGAGAAGAAUUGUGGCAAGAAGUUUACCACUGCAGGAAACUUGAAGAACCACAGACGCAUACACACAGGAGAGAAACCUUUUCUUUGUGAAGCAGAUGGGUGCGGGCGAUCCUUCGCAGAGUAUUCCAGUCUACGAAAACACAUGCUCGUACAUUCUGGUGAGAAGCCUCAUCACUGUGGGAUCUGUGGGAAGACUUUCUCUCAGUCUGGCAGCAGAAAUGUCCACAUGAGAAAGAGACACGGAGAGGAGGGGCUCAGCAGCGAAAGCAGAGAAACAGGAGAGGCUCUGACACAAAGCAGCCUCCUGGAGGCUGACGGUGAAAACGGAGAUAGUAUGGUCACCAUGACAACAACUGUGGAAUCCAUGAAUCUUCAUCAUGCUAUGCUGAGAUCACCAGGUAGGUGUUUGCACAUGUAUAACACAAAAUAUACACAAAAGCAAAGAAUUCUACAGUACAGCAGCUUUGGAGUAAACAUUAACUUGGUGAAAUUCCUAAUGUUCUGUUUAUGCCAGAAGCGCUGAGUCAACAUGUGGUGUUGCUGUCUCGUGAAGUGUUUUUAAUCACCGUUUGAGACGCAGCAGUUUUCCUGUUUAGUUCCUUCCAUUUAGUUUUCUUGACUCAUUUGACUUGAGGCUUAAUAGUUGUGGAAUAGUUGCUACCUCUAUCUGCAGUGAAUUGGUUAUAAACACCACAAAAUUAUGUAACAUGGCAAGAAUAAAGGGUCACAAAAAUCUUGUCAAACACAGGAUUUUUGUCGAAUAGUGGUCCCAAGUUACAACCACAGUGAAAUUACUGCCAUCAUUUAUGAUGUAACUUUGAUUAUGCCUGUUGACUGACUGUUAAAUUUAAGAAAAAACUGCAGGUGAUUCACUAUUUAGUGAAUCCAUCUCCUUGUACUCAUUUGAGGACAGGAGUGAGGACGGAGGAAGCUGCUUGAGGAUACACGAGUGUAUCCUUCACAAAAAAUCUGUUAGACUGACAUUCCCAUUUAUCAGAAAUCAGCUGGUGAUUGGAAACUUGAGAAAAGGACGUCUCAUGUCAGUUAUAACGCAUUUCCUUGGUUCCGCUCUCUUCUCAGUUUGUUCUUGCAUUUGACACAAGGAAAAGACAAGUGAGGGGAACAUGGAUGCAUUUAGUGGAAAUGGGAUUCACCGACAGGAUUGGGAAUUUUCUCCUCUUUCAACUUGCCUUUGUGAUUGUGUCCCUC